CAGGAAAUAGACCAACUGGUCAGCGACUACAAGAAAAAACGUAAUCCAUGUAUGCUCAAUAUUUACUUAGAAGAAAAGCUGUUUUCAGUGUUGUAGUAUAAUACAUGAGAAAUAUAUAGGCCUACCAAAUUCUUAACUACACAGUGUCUAGUUACAGUUUGUUUUAGCUCAAGUGGUGUAGUUAGUGUAGGAAAAUAUGUCCCAAGAUAAAAACGAGAUCCAGGUAAACUACUGUUGUCAUGUUGUCAAGUGUUGUUAAACUGUUAAAUAUAUAUCCUAAUUAAUUAUAUUAAAUUUUAGUGAUUUCUUUCGAUUUUUUAUUGAAAUUUUUAAAUACUUUCAAACAGUUCUUUAUAAACAAGGGGAUUGGUUAAAAUAUGGUGUGCUUAUUCAAAAGAGUUGACUUCAUUAUUAUUGAUUAUUGACAUGAAAUAUGCCUAUUUAUAUUUACUUUCAAUUUCAUGUCCUAAAUCCUAAAUUUUCUAUAAUUGACAUGACAUUGCAUUUAUUGACAUAAUAAUUCUGAGGAACAUACAAAUUUAAACUGUCUAUAAUCUAUGUAUAAAAUAAUACGAAAAUGAAUGAAACAAAGUAUGGGGAAACCUGAAUGCAACAUAUAAACACGAAUGUGUGAAAUGUGUCUGCAAAAAACAUUCAUUCAGUAUCAGUAUCAGCGGACAAACAACAGUUAAAGCAGAAUUAUAUCAAAAUAACACUUAGCUAACUUAGCUGCAAUACUGCAAUGUAGUAUCCGAGAGGGCUGCAAGGAGAUAAAAGAAGUUACUCACUCUUAGUCUUAGUCACAGCACUUAGUUAUUUUGUCACAAACUUUUUAUAAUAAAGUUUCACUUCAAUAAAGUAUAAAGCUUUAACUUUAAGGUAAUCCCUUAUUUUUAAUCAAUAAUCAACUUAUUUCAUUAUUAAAAACAUUUUUUAAGCAAAUACCCUCUUUUUGUUGUUGGGACAAAAACCAUUCAAUUUAAGAAAUUGUACCAGAUAAAAAAAAAGUACUACUCAUGAUUCUUUUAUCACUCUCUGCUACUUUGUGCUAAAUCAAGCUUUAAUAUAUUAUUUAAAUCCAUAAAAUAUGCUAACGAUAUUGACACAGGGUUGUGGGAUAUUGACACAGGGUUGUGCGUAAAUUAAUUUAAUACUCAUUGGACUUAACUUAUUUAACUUGGCCUUAGCUUAGUUAGCCAAGUAAAAAUUGUAUCAAUUUGUUCAGCAGGAAAAAUGUUUCUUCUUUUUUUUUACCUUAAACUGCAUCCUUCUUGUUUAUGCUAAAAAAUAAGUCUAGUAGAUUUUAGAUUAAUUGUACAGAAUUGAAGUAUCCCCACAUUUUGUAUUAGGCCUAUAUUUUUAUAUUACAUUUAUAAUUUUUAUUUAUUUAAUAUCUACGUUUUAAAAUCAUAUUUUGUGAUAUAAAAUAUUUUGAGUGUCUCAAUAACAUUUAAAAUAUUUGCAUAAGUAAUUUUCCUUUGAUAAAUAAUAUAAAAAUAAAUUAUUUUUUUGGUUCAGGGAGUAGGACUAUACAUGGGUAGGCACAAUAGGAAAGGUUUGAUAUACAAUGCAUCAAGUAGGAAUGGUAUGGUAUAUGAUUCCUAUUUUUCUUGUCAUGUUAGAAAUGGAUUUAAACAUCGGAUUGACAAAUAAAUUAAUAUUAUAAGUAAUGAAUUUCAUAAUAUGUAUAACUCUAAUAUGGCAUUUCUAAGAAUUGUCUUUACACAAUAUAUUUUUUAUUCUAGGCUCGCCGACUUCGUGAAGUCUUGAAAGGUAGAUUAAAUCAGGGGACAGCACAAAAGCUUAUUGAGGAUUUUGGUGGAGAACAAGAAGCCCUUGAUUUUAUUUUAAAUGGUAUGCCUGAAUAAUUUUUUAUUAUAUAGACAGUAGAACAGUUACUAUGCUAUACUGAUGGUUAACCUGAUUGAUGUUCGUGGUAUUAAUUUCAAUUUUUUACUUUCUUGAGGUUGUUAAAACUAUAACAUGGAAUGUAAAGGUACUUUUGUUUUGAAUUAGAAUCCAUACAAAAUUAAAAUUAUUUUAUUUUAUCGAAACUCAACCGAGUAAAACAAAUUUUUAAACAACUCUUUUAAUAAAAAUUUUUAAAUGAAAAUGCACACAAAUGUUUCUUGCAACAAUCUUAAUCUGUGACAAUGCUUCUCAUUCUUUAAGCUCCUUUUUUAUGUGUACUAACAACUUUCUUGAGGUUGUUAAAACUAUUACAUGGAAUGUAAAGGUACUUUUGUUUUGAAUUAGAAUCCAUACAAAAUUAAAAUUAUUUUAUUUUAUCGAAACUCAACCGAGUAAAACAAAUUUUUAAACAACUCUUUUAAUAAAAAAUUUUGAAUGAAAAUGCACACAAAUGUUUCUUGCAACAAUCUUAAUCUGUGACAAUGCUUCUCAUUCUUUAAGCUCCUUUUUUAUGUGUACUAACAACCGUAAAAAUGGUAUUUAUAUUUGCAGAAGAUGAAGACAAAGUUCUUAAGUACCUAAAAGAGGUAAUAUUAUGAGUACUUUUAAGAAUCUGCCCUUAUUAUAAAAUUGUAAAUUAGAUUGUGACUAUAUUACAAAAUAUUAAUAUUGUGCUGUAUAAGAUGUAGUCUGUCAUUCUUUUAUGUCUUUAACCAAGCCCAUAAAUGCAACAAUAAUUAUGAUAUGAUUCUUAAAAUGUGCAUGCAUAAUGACUGGCUUUUUUUAUUAUAUUUAUUAUGAAUUUUCUGUUUUAAAAACAUAAAAAAUUAACAUUUAAAUUUAAAUGCCAAAUAUUUUCUGCAAACCUAUGAUCUAACAGAUUGUUAAUUAAAUCUUGAUUAAAUAGGAUCCUGAUUAUGUACGGGCUUUGAAGGUGGAUGCCGAGAGAGUUGCAAGUUUACUGGUCAAUGGAAUAAAAGCUACAGUCAGGCAGUUUGCUUGUCAAGGAUGCAGUAGAUCAUGGUGGAUGAAAGUACCUGAGCGUAAAGAGGUGAGAUCUAUUAGACAUGUUUUUUUGGGGAAUAAUAAUCAAACUGUGGAAUCUCUUUAGUGUUAUUACAAAAUUGUGUAAUUAAUUUUAACUCAGUAACAUUUAUAAAUAUAAAUUAAAAUGACAAGUGAGGAGGAUACAGCAUGAAAAACAUGAUUUCAUUUUAAAAAUAUUUGUUCUUCUUUAACUUAUUAUUGUGUCACCAGUUACUUAUUGAAAUCUUUCUUUGUAUAAAGAACCACAAUUAUAUUUGGCUGUAAAUUUAAUUUUAAAAAUAAUUUAGUUUUUGUAAGUUAUUUACUUACCUAUUGAAAUGAAGUUAAAAGACAACAUGCACACUUAAAAAGUAUUCUUUCCCCUUAAUAUAGUCCUAAUGUUUUUGGGAUUUAAUUUAAUUCACUGCAGAUGUCUAAAUGUCAUAUCAUAAAUGUAAAAUUCAGUAUGAUCCCAUCUGCAGGUGUCUAAAUGUCAUGUCACAGAUGUAAAAUUCGGUAUGAUCCCAUCUGCAGGUGUCUAAAUGUCAUGUCAUAGAUGAAAAAUUCGGUAUGAUCCCAUCUGCAGGUGUCUAAAUGUCAUGUCAUAGAUGUAAAAUUCGGUAUGAUCCCAUCUGCAGGUGUCUAAAUGUCAUGUCAUAAAUGUAAAAUUCGGUAUGAUUCCAUCUGCAGGUGUCUAAAUGUCAUAGAUGUAAAAUUAGGUAUGAUCCCAUACCUAAAGACAUGGAAUGGGGAGUGGGAAAGUUUGUUUGUGACUGUGGCAAUGAGUUCACGUAAGUUUCAAUUGAUUAUUGUGUUGCCAAUAUUUUAAAACUAGUUUUUCUACUAACACAUAUAUGAUCCUCAUUAUAAGCUAGAAUUUGAUUAAUUUUUUUACAAAUGAUAUUUUGGACUAGAUAACAAUUUCAUAAAACAUUUUUCAAAAUUGUUAUAGAUAUAAGAAUUUAUAGAAUAUAUGAAAAGAUAAGAUUCUUUUAUUAAACCAAAUAAAUGGAAAGGUUAUUUUUAUUUCCAAGGAGAUGUUCAUUUUCAGCACAUACAUAAAUAUUCUUACAAAGACAAACAUUUUUAAAAUAGAACAAUUUAACACACGACAUCUAAAAUUAUUUCUCAAAUGCAAAAAACAGCAACCAUGUUCCAUGGAAUUUCACUCAGUGAAAAUGUUGGCUUUCAACGUGUUGAUUUAGAUUCUGCUUUUAACAGCCUGGUAAAUUCUGAUAGUUUGAGGUACAAAUGAAUUUUCGUAUGUUUUGGUCCUUUCUUCGAGAGAAAGAAUUCACCCUGAUCAAGCUGAUCUUAGGUAUCUCUGAUGAAGAGGGUGGUAUGUUACAGCCAAAUGUUUUUUGACUGAAACAUAUACAAAUUCUUUUGUUCCCCAAUCUGUGCGAAUUUAUUAGCAUGCUCCCCCAGAAUUCACAAAUCUAAAUGAGAACUAAUAAGUCCCUGUUGUGAUGAAGGGAGUUUACUGAAUGGCUGUUUUUUUUUUCACUAGUGAAAUUAAUUAAAUGUAGAUCCUGUGUUUAAAUUGUUUUAUUUGAAACAUGCGGAAUUUAUUAAAAUAUAUAUUUAUAUAUGUGCUGAAAAUGUAUAUGUACAAUGCAAUCAAAAAACAUUUCCAUUUGUUUGGAUCAAUAAAAGAAUCUUAUCAUCUUAUCUUAUAUUACUUUAUAUCUUGGUGAAUCUUUUUAAUCGUUUAGAUGAGAAGCUAUGAAUUCCCGCACAAGUAGCUAAUACUAAAGUUCAGUAUGCUUCCUAGAAAAUAUGAUCUAAGAAAUAAAACAUGAACGUUUUAAGAGGAAAUUUUUGGUUCUUCAGUCUACUGAGCAACAAGCUUCUUCCAUAAUUUUAUUUUUCCACCAGUGGUUUUGCUCAGAUGGGUGUGACCUCCAGUGAAUGCUAUGAGUGUGGACUUUUGGUUCCUGUUGAUCAGAUGUUGCCACCUAGGAAAGAUCGGCCAAGAAAAACCAAAACACCACACUCAUGUAAUGGCAUAGACUGCAUCAGGUAUUUAUGUGACAAAGAGUUGUUUCAUGAUGCCUAGUUGUUUGAGCAUGCCUAGUUUUUCAUAAUAGCUAGUUUUUUUUUAUCAUGCUUAGCUGUUUCAUGAUGCCUAGUUGAUUGAUCAUGCCUUUUUGUUUCAUCAUGCCUAGUUGUUUCAUGAUGCCUAGUUGUUUCAUAAUAGCUAGUUUUUUUUAUCAUGCCUAGUUGUUUCUUAAUGCCUAGUUGUUUUGUUUCAUAAUGCCUAGUUGUUUCAUUAUAGCUUGUUAUUUUAUCAUGCCUAGUUGUUUUAUCAUGCUUGGUUGUUUCAAUGACUUUACAGGAGAAUUAAAUGAAUUCAAUGUUACAAGCUUAAAUAUCUACUAAGAUUUACAUCAAAGUGUUAAAGUGGAAAGUUAUAAUUAAUUAAAAUUAAUAUCAUUGAAUAAUAAUGAACAAUUUGAUAUUAAUAAGUGAUGUAGAAAUGACAAUGACACAAAAAAACACUACAUGUUAUGUUACAUGUUGUUUUAUUAUAAAGUUGAUAUGUGGAAAAAAAUCACAUAAAUUCACUGUCCAAGCCAUUUACAUAAUCUAAUUUCAGUCACAGGCAUGGUGUUUCUAAUGCUGCUGUUGCGGACCUCAGUGCAGGGUUCGGUGCUAUGACAGUGGCAGCAUAUGUAAGAAUUGAAAUAUUCUUGAAUGAAGCAUUUUGUUAUGGACGUUUGUUAAUAUAGAAUUUAUUCCAAUAAUAAAUACGUUUAGCAUUUAACAUAUCUUAGCAUCUUUUGUAUAAAAAAAAUUGUGUUCACCUUAAGUCUGUGGACAAAUAUCUUAGCCUCAUUUGUAUCAAACAAUUGUGUUCACCUAAGUGUGUAGACAAGUUCUGCAAACCCAAUAAUGAAACUUUAUAUUAAUUUUCUUUACUAUUUAAAAAUUUGUGUAAGACAAGCUCAAAAUAAUAGCCUAGAUCAGUGUCUUGGCCUAAAGAUUAGGAAUAUGGCAAUAUUGCAUUGGUUUGAUAUUUAAAAAAAUGAGAACAUUGCUUAAAAGAAAUGAGUGAAUUUUAUUAUUUAAAAAUUAGCAAUUAAAUUUUGUGAUGUUGAAAAAAUAAAAAAUUUGAAAAGUUAUUUUUUACAAUUUUAAAAUAUUUUUAUACUUGUUUAGUGUAGCUUUCUGGGAAUUUUUUUUUUCCUUCCGGCUUGCCACCUCUGUCAAAGCAUUUCCAAGUUUGAUAUCCAAAUUUUAAAGGUGGUCACGAAAUAUUUACCUCAAACUCCCUAGGCUAAGGCAUUUACAUAUUAUCUCUCUUUCCUUUUGGUGGCAUUUAGUUUAUAAUAGUUCUUGAUAAUGAAGUUAAUUUGACCUGACAGAGGUUCAUUGGCUGGAGAAGAUUAAUGGGAUGAAAAAUGUUUAGAAUGACAAUUUGUUUAGCAUUAGUUACCCCAUUACUACCAUAAAGACAUGUUUUAUGUAUGUCAUUCUAUCAGUUGUUUAUUAUGGAUACAGAACGGACCAAGAUCGAACUAUGCCAUGUCAUCUAGCAGUCAAAAUGACAACAGGUUUUAUAGUUCAAGUCAGCCAUCUGGCGGAUAUCCUGGACGAGGUAAUUAACAUUUGUAUGGGAAAAUUCAAAUUAGCUUUGUUUAAAUAACAGGUUCAUUCUAUUAAAGGAAACAUUAUGAAUUACUGCGUAUGUAGCUUAAUGUAUAUGCCUUAGUUUUUCCAGUGCUUUGCUCAUACAUGGAUCUGUCAAUCAUACUAAAUACUAUUUGAAAUAUUGUGUGGCAUCAAAGACAGUUAAAUAACAGGAUCCUCAUUUAAAAAUCUACAGUGGUCCUCGUUACAUUACAGUUGUUCUCAUGUUACAUUACAUUAGUCCUCAUUUUGAGACUGACCAAAAGUGAUUUUUUUUAUUUCUGCCAAAACCGAAGCCAAAACCAAAAGCUUAACCAGACUUUUGGCCGAAACUGAAGCCGAAACCAAAAGCGUAAUGAGACUUUCGACAGAAAACGAAAUAUUUAGAUAUCUUGAAAUUCUUUCACGCAUACAUUCUGCAUAAAUUGGAAAAUGAUGGGGAAAGUAUCAAUAGUUACAUUCUUUUUAUAAAUAAUGAUAUCACCAUGAAUAUAAAUAAAUAAACAUCUAAUGAAUACUUUGGUUUUACCAUUUUAAUUAAAAAGUAAUUUAAAUUUGUUAAACAUGUAUUUUAAAGUAGAGUGGUAAGAGAAACCUUGGAGUCACGCUUACGGACACCCUCUCCAUGGACAAACAUGUCACGAAUAUAUGCAGAUCAGCAUAUAACGAAAUUAGAAAAAUCAGCACCAUUAGACACCUCCUCUCCUUUGAUGCCACAAAAACUCUCGUCUCUUCACUCAUUCUUUCAAAAUUUGACUACUGUAACAUUCUUCUCUCAGGCAUUCCUCAACACCACAUAGAAAAACUUCAGAAGGCACAGAACUCAGCAUGCAGACUCAUUUUUAAAUUAAAGAAACAUGACCACAUUCAACCACACAUGCGGCAACUCCACUGGCUUCCAAUAUCCUCUCGCAUCAAAUACAAGUCUGCCAAUCUUUGCUUCAACUCGUUCACUGACCCUCACUUUCCUGUCUAUCUCUCUGAACUGUUGCUUCCUUACAUCCCCACAAGACAACUACGUUCUUCCAUUGACAGUAGAACCCUCUCAAUCCCAAGAACUAAAACUAAGACCAUCGGUGAACGCUCCUUCUGCUUCCAUGGGCCCACGUUCUGGAACCAGCUCCCCUUCCAUAUCCGUCAUUGUGAAACCUCGUCCAUUUUCAAAAAGUCCCUUAAAACUCAUCUGUUUAGGUCCGCCUAUGACCUGUGAUGCACCCUCCUUGCCCUACCUCAUUUUCUGUUUCGGGUUGAUCCUGAAGUGUCAAAGUGUCCUCGUUUUAUAGCCAUUUUCAUUGUUUCUAUAGAAUAGUAGUUACUAUCCUAGUGUCUCAUUUGUAUUUACUUAGUUUACAUGUUUUAAUAAUUGUAAAGCGCUUAGAGUUUUAUGAUAAGCGCUAUAUAAAAAUGCCUAAAUAAAUAAAUAUAAUUACAACUGUUCCUAGACAAUCUACAAUAAUUAUUGUGGCUCUAAAAAAGCCAAGUGUCACCUAAAUAUCAGUUAUUAAGGCUAUAAAAAUGUUACUCAAUGUUUAGCGGUUAUUGUCUCACUAAUGCUUUGUGUUUUCAUAAAUAGCUGGUAAGAUAUCGCUGUAUUAAAAUUUAACCUAGUACCAACUUAUUAGUCUUUCAGUGCUGGGGACGUAAUUAUUUGGUUCUGUGACCAACCUCCCUGAUCCACAUUAAUGAGGGAAAAUAUUAUUUUUAACCAGGUCUUUUACAUUGUUGUUUAAGAUGGCUCUCAAUGGAAAAUUGCAAAAGAAAUCUGAAUUGGUUGCCAUAAUUAUAAAAGUAAACAGGUCUGCAGUAGGUCUACUACGUUAUUAUUAUACAAACCCCUGGUACACCCACAUGCAUGUUAUUUCGUCAAUAACAAUUAUAAUCAUUAUUAUCAAGUACGUCAUCAUGCAGCUUUGAGCAGUUUUCACAAAGUAUUGGCCAUGUAACAUAGGAUGACAGCAAGACAUCGAGCAAUAAUGAAUAUCUGAUUUCUGGCCAAGAGACAGACAGUCUGACUUCUGGUAGAUGACAGAAAACCUCUAUCACUUUCGGCCAGAUAGCCGAAAGUCUCAAUUACUUUUGGCUGAAACUAAAAUUAAACUGAAAAUAAACUUUUCAUUUUCAGCUGAAACCCAAACUAGGCCGAAAGGGAUCAAAUGGCGACUUUCAGCGCCGAAACCGAAGCCUAAAUUCAUUCGGCCCCUUUUCCUCAUAUUACGUUUCUGUGGUGCUCAUGUUCAGUUACUGGGGCCCUUAUAUUAAGUUACUGUGAUCCUUAUGUUAAGUUAUUGUGGCCUUGAUGUUAAGUUACUGUGGUCCUCAUGUUACAUUAUUGUGAUUCCCAUAUGGUCCUGAUUCAAAUAUAUGUCUCAGCAAAUUGUUACAUCUCCAGCUAAAGUUCCAUUGUGUACUCAUCCCAUGGCAAACUUCAAGAUUCCAAUAUUUAGCAGGCGCCAUAAGAGCACAGGGUCUACAGUUUCAACAUUCUUGAGCCAGGGAAGUCUGGACAACAUGACGGUCAGCCAGAUGGGAUCCAUGGCUUCCAUCAAGGAAUUAGACUAACAGAUCACAUCAUAAAGGUAUUUAAACAUGUGGUCUUAUAAUUUUAAUCAUAGAGAUUAAUCUAUAUCGGCCCAAGUUAUUUUGAUAUGACAUCUAAUUUCCAAUCAAUAUUCUACAAUAGUGUAAAUAAAUAUUUUUUACUUUUAAAUGGUGGUUGUUAAAUGAGUUCAAUUCUGAAUUAAAUCUCAUAUUCCUUGUAAUAAAAAAUCAGGUUGACAAAAUCUCUUAUUCCUUGUAAUUAAAGUUCAGGUUGAAUAGAGUUUAAUCAUUGUUUUUUAUUAUUUUUUUUUUUAAAUGAGCAAUUUUGAAUAUAAAUAAAAAAUACAGCUGUAGUUAAAUUGUGUACCACAAUCCAGACAACACACUACACACUACAUGCACAAUAAUUGAAAAAUUAUUUUAAUUUUAAAUUUCAGAAUGAAUUUAACCUGGUCCAAAAGUCAAAACUUCAACAUUGGAAAGAACAUUUUUGCACUCUGUAGUUGGGUGAAUUAAAUGUUUUCACAAUUCUACAGAGUGCAGUAUGUGCAUCAUGCCUUUGGACUUCAUGAAUUCAUCCAAUCAAUUCCCUCAGACACCAUUCCAUUUAUUCAUACACUCAAUUCCCUCGGACACUAUUCCAUUUAUUCAUCCAAACAAUUCAUUCACACACUAUUCCAUUUAUUCAUACACUCAAUUCCCUCAGACACCAUUCCAUUUAUUCAUACACUCAAUUCCCUCAGACACUAUUCCAUUUAUUCAUCCAAUCAAUUCAUUCACACACUAUUCCAUUUAUUCAUCCAAUCAAUUCAUUCACACACUAUUCCAUUUAUUCAUCCAAUCAAUUCAUUCACACACUAUUCCAUUUAUUCAUCCAAUCAGUUCAUUCAGACAUUAUUCCAUUUAUUCAUCCAAUCAAUUCAUUCACACACUAUUCCAUUUAUUUAUCCAAU